AUGCCAGGACCAAUGCCACUCAAGUCAGGCGGCAUCAAGCGCUCCACCAGCCAGGAGUUUGAAGAGCCACCAAACAAGCGCGCCUACAUUCCAGGAGAUCUCACUCCAGAUCGUGGUUAUGACGCCGACAGCUCCAUCUUGGAGCGCAAACUGGUGCCCAUGAUCUCACGUUCUGAGACUUCCCAACUCGAAGGCUACAUUCCAGACGCCAGCUAUGCCGAAGAGACUGGCAAGGAUGAUGAUGAUGAUUCUGGCGAUGAAUUUGUUGACGCACAAGAGGCUGUGGUCCAGGCAGGUUGGGGAUCUCCGACGAUGUCGUUUGGCGAAUUCUCUGCUGAGCAGAACCGUUCGGGGAAUGCUGCCGUCAAGAUUGAAGCUGGGACUUUUCCUCCUGGGCAGCAGAAAGAGGGCGAAGGAACCGGAGAGAUCGACAUGCUCAGGGAGGGCGAAGUGAUUGGACAGCACGGUAACACCAAGCAGGACGGGUCGGAAGAUAGCAUCCAUCACGAAACCCCACCGAAGUCGGAAGAGAAGAAUACAUCAGCCUGGAAGAUCAAGCCCGAAGCCAUCUCGAUCGAGUCUGAUACUGAUGAAGAGGAGCAAGGUGGAGAGUCCAAACACACUCGCAAGACUCACAGCGCCGAAACGAAGGACGACAUUGUGUCUAGCACCGGAGUUGAUGAGAACCAGAACAAGCAAAUCACCAUCUCCGUCGAGGACGACGAUGAAGACGAUGAAGACGCCGAGAAGGCUGAGCUUGUCCCUUUCGAAGACAUCUGGGACAGUACCUUCGGCAAGAGCAAAGCUAAAGUCGAGAAGAGUGUCGACAAGGACAGCAACAGCAGCUUCUCCAGCAGAAGAGGCAAAGAUUUCGUCUCCGGCGCCCACGCCACCACUGUCCGAAACGGCAGCCACCAUCGUCAGAUAUCCACUCCUCCAACCACCCCACCUCCAACGACCGUCUCCACCCGUCCGGCGCCUACAGUCCGUCGUUAUCCAGAUAUCAGACGCGACCUCUCCAACGACCUAGUACGCCACGAGAAAUUCCACACUCGCGCCCAACUCCUCAUCCCCCGUCUUCCCAACCACGAGAACUUUGACUGGACUCGGCGMUACUGGAUCGCCGUCCUGAUUGAAGGAAAGAGACCAACCAAGACCAACAUCUCCGAGAAAGACUUUGUGUGGAUGAAGGGAAAUCGCUUCAGCACCGUGGCGACCGUUUUCCACUCUUAUGCCUUGGCUGUGAUGGCUGACACCGAUGAUUUGGCGCUGAUAUUGGGGUAUGAAGGUGUUGAGAUGACGGAUCAGAUGCAGGAGUUGGAUUACUUCAACGACAGGUUGGUUGUGUUCCGCGCCGUCAAGGUCCAGGGCAAUGAGACGGAGGCGGAGGGCCGGAGUUUGGUGCCGGGUAUGAUUCCGGAGUCGGCGRUCAUCUCACUCGAUCUUGAUUGA